AUGGCUGAUUCAAUACCCUCUCACUCCCAAAAUAGCCCUGACUCAGGCCAUCUCAAUCUGUCAAGGGUCGAGACUCGCGAAACCCUUCACGAUGCCGGUAUUUCAGAAAUUCCUCCACCAGUGGACUACAACUAUGCCAAUGUUGAACCCCAAAAUAACCCUGAAUUCCCCGACGAAUAUGUCGUCGAAACGAGAACCGGUCUGGUUCCACAAGCGGCCUUACAUCAAUUACGAUCCCAUACUUCAUCAGCAACACAGACAUCGAAUAAUGGUCAAGGCAUCGACGUUGAAAAAGGACCAAAGGACCCUGUCGAUUACGUGACGUUUACAGUUGAUGAUCCCGAGAAUCCACACAACUGGUCCCGUCCAUACCGUUGGUAUAUCACCCUUGUCGCCUCAGCUGUCGUGGUAUGCGUGGCCUACGGUUCAGCAGUCGUCACUGGUGGCCUGGGUCUCAUCGAGGACAAAUAUAAUGUAUCAUUGGAGGUUGCCAUCUUAACUUGCUCAAUCAUGGUUUGCGGCUUCGCUGUGGGACCUCUACUCUGGUCUCCCCUCUCAGAGAUCAUUGGUCGCCGACCCGUAUAUAUCGUCUCUUUCGCACUCUACACAAUCUUCCAGAUCCCAUGUGCGCUCUCGCCAAAUAUAGGUGGCCUACUGGCAUCGCGAUUCCUGUGCGGUGUCUUUUCUAGUUCCGGACUGUCCCUCGCUGGCGGAACCAUCGCAGAUGUCUGGAAUCUUGAAGAGCGCGGCAUGGCCAUCGCUUAUUUCGCCGCUGCUCCCUACUGUGGUCCUGUCCUGGGACCCAUCGUAGCCGGUUGGAUUAAUGUCGGCACCGGUCGACUAGAUCUAUUCUUUUGGACAAACAUGGCCUUCGCAGGUGUUCUCAUGAUCCUAAUCAGCCUGGUCCCCGAGACAUACGCUCCCGUGAUUCUCAAACAGCGCGCCGCGAAGCUUCGCAAGGAAACUGGAAACCCAAACAUCAUCACCGAGCAGGAGCAGACUAAGCCCUCUCUCAACGAUAUCAUCCGGACAAACUUGAUCCGUCCCAUUACCAUGAUCAUGACGGAGCCGGUUCUCGAUCUCAUGUGCUUUUACGUCGUCCUGAUCUACUCCAUGCUCUACGCGUUUUUCUUCGCGUACCCGGUAAUUUUCGGCAAGCUUUAUGCCUACAACGAUGGUCAGAUCGGAUUGAUGUUCAUUCCGAUCUUGAUUGGUGCCGGAUUUGCUCUGCUCGUUACUCCGAUCUUUGAAAAGGAUUUCAAGCGCAUCUGUGCGCAACGCCUUCCCACUCCCGAGGAUCGGUUGAAGGCUGCUAUGUGGGGAGCUCCUUUUAUUCCAAUUGCCUUUUUCAUCCUUGGUGGUACUUCAUAUAAGCAUAUCAUCUGGGUUGGACCUGCGUCGUCUGGUCUGGCUUUUGGCUUUGGAAUGGUUCUGUGCUACUAUGGUGUCAAUGCCUAUAUUAUCGACUCGUAUCAGAGAUAUGCUGCUUCGGCGUUGGCGGCGAAGGUUUUCUUGCGAUCUGGUGGUGGUGCCGCUUUCCCUUUGUUUAUCACCCAGAUGUAUGAUCGUCUGGGAUUGCAAUGGGCGUCAUGGCUCUUGGCUUUCAUUGGAAUUGGGAUGGUUUUCAUUCCAUAUGUUUUCUCCUUCUUUGGCGCGCAGCUCAGGGUGAAACUGAGCCGUGAUUGA